AUGGACUCCAUAGUGAACUUGAUCCUAAACCGGUCAGUAGUGACGGUUGAGCACAUCAAAAUUACCAAGGCGACACCAGACACCCUCACAAUGUCCCUCGUCAAUCGCGUAACAGGCACUGGGCCCAUGGGCGCAACAAUGUCGCCAAUGAUCGUCGACAUGGUCUUCAACGACCAGCCGUGGGGCAAGCUCCAGCUGCCCGAGGUGAACACCAAGUCGGGCGGCACGGACGUGAUCGUGCAGGAGCAGGAGGUCAAGAUCACGAACCAGGAGUCGUUCCGCGCGUUCGUCAAGGCGCUGAUGCUGGACGAGGAGCUCGUGCUGGUGCUGGACAACGGCGACUGCCACAUCACGGCCAAGGUCAUGGGCUGGCCGCUCAAGAGCAACGUGACGUACAAGAAGAAGCUGACCAUCAAGGGCAUGAGGGGCCCCAAGCUCAGCCUCGUCGACACCACUGCCGACAAGAACACCAUGAAGGUCUACAACCCUAGCCCGCUUGAGAUCGACCACGCGUUAGUAUUGAGGGGCGACUUCGACAGCACUCUCGGCAUCACGUUCAAGCCGGGGAAGAAGGUCGCGUCGGGGACCAAGCUGAGGCUUGUGGGCAAGGGGACGGAGAAGGACUCGUGGAUGAACGACACGUUGAAGUACAUCAGUUCGGAGUUCGAGGCCAAGGACCAGUUUUCUUCGUUCCUUGCGGGCUAG